AUGUGCGACGACAUCGAGGACUGCUGCGCGAGCAGCGAGAUCGCCUCGCGGCACGAUGCGGCCGUCGCCGCGGGAAACCCAACGUACAAUGACCCAAAGACUGGCUACAGCGUCUUCACCGCCACGGCGCUCGCGGCGCGCAAGAAAUGCUGCGGGUGUGGGUGCCGGCAUUGCCCAUUCAACCACGCUGCCGUGCCAGUCCAGCGUCGCGCGGCAAAGAUUCAGACGCCGGCGCUGCUGCGGGGUAGCCUGGUCGAGCUGGACGCCGACGCCGGCAUAGACGUCCUCCUCUGGUCAGGCGGCAAGGACAGCCUUCUCGCCGCUCGGGCCCUCUGCCGCGAGCACGGCAACAAGCGAAGGCUCGUGCUCUUGACGACCUUUGACGCCGGAAGUCGCCAAGUGGCACACCAGGAGGUGCAGAUCGACGCCAUCUGCGAGCAAGCCGAAUCGCUCGACCUGCCCCUCGUUGGCUGCCCGCUCGUGCCCCACAUUCCGUACGGCACUCGGCUGGACGAGGCGCUCCGGCUCGUGCAGAGAUCUGCGCCGGCGCCGGUGGCGCGGGUCUGCACCGGCGACCUUCACCUCGAGCACGUCGCCGCAUGGCGCGAGGAGCGCAUCGGGCCGGCGGUGCGAGCGCUUGGCGCAACGCUGCACUGUCCGCUCUGGCAGGCGCCGUAUGAAUCCUUGAUGCGUGACCUCGAGGCCUCCGGCACGCCAUGCCGCGUGUGCGCGCAGACGGGCGGCGCCGUGGCUGUCGGCGACCUCUUCAGCGCGCAGUUUGUGUCCUCGCUCCCGCCCGGAGUGGACGCCUUUGGUGAGAACGGCGAGUUCCACACACUGGCAGAGGUAUGGGCAGCGUCACGCCUAUCACCGUUUUCGAUAAAAAACGUAAAGGACCCCAAGGCGCAAGGGGCCAAGGGCCCAUGUUGCAUGUAG